AUGCUGUUUAAACCACCUAUUGGACCUUUUGAUACUGAUGAAUAUUACACCGCAACUCAUGGCGCUAUAAAUAUAUUACUCGCUUAUAAUAACAUGCCCGAUGAAGGAACCGGGGUGUAUUUUAUAGUUGCUCAAGCAAAGGGGCUCAUGGGUUCCAAAAUUUCUCAGACCCUAAUAAACAACUUUAUUGGAAAGCAAAUUGAUUUAUUAGGUCGAUAUCCUUAUAGUAGUGAUGUUGCCCCAAGUAUCUUGUUUUCAGCCUUAUUUGGAGUAACCGGUCUAUUACAUUUAGUAAUAUUCCUAAUCAAUACUUAUAGAGGUCACUUCUUUUAUUUGAGUUUAUUUUGGGCAGUGACAAGUUUGAUUCGAUUUAUGUCAUUUGUUUAUCGCGCAGUUUGGGCGCAGAACAUAAUCAAUGUGAGAAUGGGGAUCGCCGACGAAAUUUUACUAGUUGUGCCAACCAUUUUGCUAAUUUCAGGCAACUUGAUAUUGGCUCAACGGUUAUUCACAUGGCGACAUCCGGUUGGUGGUAACAGAAAUUUAUUUUGGUUUUUUAUGAUGUUCUUGUACUGCAUUGUUGCGAUACUUUUGACGGUAGCAAUACUUGCAUCCGCGAUUCCAUACAUGUACUUCCUUUCACCAUCACGCUUCAAUGUUUUCAAAAACUUGAACAAGUUCGUUUGCGUAUUGUUGAUUGUAUAUACUUUGACUGCAUCGGCUUUGAUCGGGUUGAGUUUUUGGUUGCCAACUAAAAAAGAUGAACGAUUGUAUACGUAUCAACCAUGGUGGAUUGAAAGUUUUGCCCCGUUUUACUUUGUUAAAAAAGGUGCAGCACAAGAAGCGGAAAGCACAUUUAUGAAACGUAAUUCAAACCAUCGUCAUGCUAUUCGAGUUAUUGCUGCAACACAUCACCAUUACAAUAUGGUCGAGGGCUUGACAAAUCAAAGAGGUGACUUGAAGCACAAUGUGUCAUUAUUUAUUGUUAUUAUAUCCACAAUUGGAGUGUUUAUAGCUGCUAUUUUGAGGGCAAUUGUUGUUUUCCAAACCAGACAACACAAAACAUCAACACCUGCGGCAGCAGGCACUUCAAUGUAUUUCAGCUGGGGUGUCUUUGAAUUUGUGAUACACAUUUCAUACAUUGUUGGAAGAGCUGACUUGCGAUUCUAUAGGCCAGAUAUGUUGCCAGCACAAGUCAGAGCUAUCAUCACAGCAGAACAAUCACAAAUGAUUACCCCAACUCAAAGUGACAAUGAAGGGGAAGAUGAAGAAGAAAGCGAAGACAAGUAUUAUCAGCAAUACAGUGAUGACGAUGAUGAGGGAUUUGAAUAUGGUGAUGGUGCUAAAUCUUCACAAUCUAGUGAUGACUUCUUCUUUGGUAGUACACCUGCGAACGAACGUAACGCCCAGUUCGAGGAGAAGAGUUACAACACAGGUUCGGAAUUGUUUACACCUAACCAACAUACAUACACCAACACACCAGCGAAUGAACGCGAUAAGAAAUUUGACGACUCUGAUGAUGAGUUCAAGUUUUAG